AUGGCGUCGAGGCAACUCAUUCCGUUCUUGGUGGCCAUGAUGCUACUGACGGGUGUUUGCAACACCUUGCUCACCAAGUAUCAGGAUAACCAAUGUGCCCGCAACUGCGACUCCGCGGAUCCCUCCCAACGCCGCUUCUUCCACCAACCUGUCCUCCAAACCCUCCAAAUGUUCAUCGGCGAAAUGGGCUGCUGGCUCGUCAUCGGAGCCGGCGCCCUCUACCGCCGCUACGUAUCCAAGAAGGCCUCGGCGGCAGGCUACGAGGCCAUCAGCACCGACGACAACGACGUCGCCGACCCAGCCGACCACGAUGAUGACCCCGUCAAGUCCGACACCGAACUCAAGGGCAUCCGCGUGCUUCUCCUCUCGCUCCCGGCGAUCUGCGACAUUUGCGGCACGACGCUCAUGAACGCCGGUCUUCUUAUGGUCGCUGCCUCGAUUUACCAAAUGACCCGUGGUGCGCUCGUGCUCUUCGUCGGGCUGUUCAGCGUGCUUUUCCUCAAGAGGAAGCUCUUCCUCUUCCAGUGGGUCUCGCUCGUCGGUGUCGUGCUGGGCGUCGGCAUCGUCGGUCUCGCUGGUGCGAUUUGGCCCGAUGACCAGAAGAAGGCGCAGUUGCUGGCCCUCGCUUCGACGGAGGUUGCGUCGGAUGCGCUGCUGGCUGUCGUUGGUGUGCUGCUUAUUGCUGGCGCGCAGAUCUUUACGGCGACGCAGUUUGUGCUUGAGGAGUAUCUACUGGAGAAGUCAACUAUUGAACCGAUCCAUGUUGUCGGUUGGGAAGGCAUCUUUGGCUUCUUGGUUACUCUGAUUGGCAUGAUCGUUCUGCACCUCGUUAUCGGAAGGACUGAAGCCGGUCAAUAUGGCUACUUUGAUAUGGUUGAGGGCUGGAGGCAGGUCACCAGCAAGCCUGAGCUCUACGUCUCUAGCAUCCUCAUCAUGAUUAGCAUUGGUGGCUUCAACUUUUUCGGCCUCUCCGUCACGCGCAGCGUCAGCGCCACCUCCCGCUCCACGAUCGACACGUGCCGUACGCUCUUCAUCUGGAUCGUCUCGCUCGGCCUCGGCUGGGAGACGUUCAAGUGGCUCCAGGUCGUCGGUUUCGCACUCCUCGUGUACUUUACCUUUUUGUUCAACGGCGUCGUCAAGCCUCCGGUCAAGUUCUUGCAGGUUGAGGAGGAGGUGGAGGAGCUUUUGCCCGAGGAGCCGAUUGAGCAUAACUAA